AUGGCCGCCACCACCGUCGUCGUCGCCACUCGCGGCGCCCUGCUACUACUACUCGUCGGCUUGGCCGUCGCCAUUUCCUUUGCCGGAGCAGCGCCGCUCGACCCGCAGCAGCUCCUGGCGCUGCGGGCGCUCGGCCUUCGCCCGCACCGUGCCGACCCCUGCGACGCGGCCGGCGCCGUGGGCGCGGUCGUCACCGCGUCCUGCGACGCGGGGGUGCCGUUCCGGCGCGUCACGUCCCUCGUGCUGGCCAACUGCUCUGGUACCACCUCCGUCUCGGCCGGGGCGCUCGAGGCGCUGGCGCCGUCCCUCCGGGCGCUCGCCUUCUCCGACUGUCCCGCCGCGCCGCCGCGGCUUCUACCGCCGGAGCAGCUCGCCGCAGGCUUAAGGGCCUUCUCCUGCGUCGCCUCGCUACACCGCCUCUCCGCCGUGUGGCUCUCGCACCUGGAGAACCUGACCGAGCUCACCAUUGCGGACACUCCCCUCGCCACCGGCUCCCCUUCAGAGCUCGCCGUUGUUGUCUCCCACAUGGACCACCUCACCAGCCUCACCCUCUCCAAUGCCAACCUUUCCGGCUUCCUCCCGCACCACUGGCAUUGCCCCAACCUCACCCAUCUCGACCUCUCCGGAAACCGCAUCACCGGCGCCAUCCCCGACACCCUGACCCUUCUCAGCGCCAUCACCCACCUCAACCUCAGCUCCAACGACCUCAACGGGAACAUUCCCACCUCCAUUGGCGACCUCAUUUCCCUCACCACCAUUGACCUGUCCAACAACUCCAUCUCCGGCGGCAUCCCGGAAACCAUCUCCACGCUCCCCGAGCUCGAGGUGCUCAACCUGGGCUCGAACCGGCUCAACGGCAGCAUUCCUCAGUUCCUGGCCGAGAUGAGGGGGCUGAAGGAGCUCAACCUCGAGGGCAACGACUUCGAUGGCAUGGUGCCAUUCACCACCAAAUUCGUCACGAGGCUCCGGGUGUUCAGGGCGGCCGGAAACCCCAAGCUGUGCUACAACCGGUCGGUGCUGUCCUCCGAGGUCGCCAUCGGGGUGACGCCGUGCGACAAGUAUGGGUUCCCGGUGACGGCGCCGCCGGCAACGGCGCGGUCGGAGCGUAGCGCGGACUACGACGACGGCGCCAAGGACGGGGACGCGGACGACGGGGCCGACGCGCGGGGCGGGCCCAGCGCAGCGGUGCUCGCAGUGGCCAUCGGGCUGUCCUGCCUGGCGUUCGCGGUCAUCCUGCUCGCCUGCCUCUGCAAGGUGUGCCGGUGA